GCCACCCCGGGCAGUGUCUGGGCCCUCCGCUCCCCCUCCCUCCACCUGUCCCCACACACCCACCACCGCUGGCCCCAGGGACACCCAGCCCAAGCGGAGGAAACACCAAGCCUAGAGACAUGGCAGUCCGAGGAGCGUUCCACCUUCUGCUCGUGUGCCUGAGCCCAGCACUGCUGUCUGCCGUGCGGAUCAACGGGGAUGGCCAGGAGAUCCUGUACCUGGCAGAAGGUGAUAAUGUGAGGCUGGGCUGCCCCUACAUCCUGGACCCUGAGGACUAUGGUCCCAAUGGGCUGGACAUCGAGUGGAUGCAGGUCAAUUCAGACCCCUCACACCGGGAGAAUGUGUUCCUUAGUUACCAGGACAAGAGGAUCAAUCAUGGCAACCUUCCCCACCUGCAGCAGAGGGUCCGCUUUGCAGCCUCAGACCCCAGCCAGUAUGAUGCCUCCAUCAACCUCAUGAACCUGCAGGUGUCUGACACGGCCACCUACGAGUGUCGGGUGAAGAAGACCACCAUGGCCAGCCGGAAGGUCAUCGUCACUGUCCAAGCGCGGCCCGCGGUGCCCCUGUGCUGGUCUGAGGGCCACAUGACCCACGGCAACGACGUGGUGCUCAAGUGCUUUGCCAACGGAGGCACCCCGCCCCUCUCCUACAAGUGGGCCAAGAUCAGCGGGCACACCCACCCCUACCGCGCCGGUUCCUACCACUCGCAGCACAGCUUCCACUCGGAGCUCUCCUACCAGGAGUCCUUCCACAGCUCCCUGAACCAAGUUUCAGGCCUGAACAACGGUGACCUGGUGCUGAAGGACAUCUCCCGGGAGGAUGACGGGCUCUAUCAGUGCACGGUGGCCAACCACGUGGGCUACAGUGUGUGCGUGGUGGAGGUGAAGGUCUCAGACUCCCGGCGCAUAGGCAUGAUCAUAGGCGCAGUGCUGGGCUCCCUGCUCAUGCUGGGCUGUCUGCUGGUGGGCAUCUGGGGGCUCGUCUGCUGCUGCUGCGGGGGCGCCGGGGCCGGCGGCUCCCGCGGUGCCUUCGGCUACAGCAACGGCGGCGGCGGGGUCGGCGGAGGGGCCUGCGGCGACUUGGCUAGUGAGAUCAGAGAGGACGCCGAGGCGCCCGGGUGCAAGGCCGGCGGGCGCGGCCGCAGCGUCACCCACCUGCUGGGGUACCCGACGCAGACCGUCAGCCGCUCCCUGCGCCGCAAGUACGCGCCCCCGCCCUGCGGCGGCCCCGAGGACGUGGCCCUGGCGCCCUGCGCCGCCGCCGCCGCCGCCUGCGAAGCGGGCCCCUCCCCGGUCUACGUCAAGGUCAAGAGCGCGGAGCCCGCCGACUGCGCCGAGGGGCCGCGGGAGCGCACCGACGGCCUCCUGGUGUGA